GUAGCAAAAUUUACCAGAGAUAAAUAUACCAGAUAUUGUACCUCUCUUUGGGAUUAUGUGAAGCAAAAAAAGCAAAAGAGACAAAAAAAUUAAAAAAACAUGUAACCUCCACUUUUUCAACUUUUAUGUAGGUAUCAAAAUUUGGUCAUAGUUAAUUAUUUUAUCAUUGUUCAUUUUUGUUCCACCUGAGCCCUUAAUCACCAAUAGUUUUUAAUUUUUAAUUUUCUGAGGCAUUGUUUAAAAUGUGCUUUCCCCUCUUAAAAAGAUCUAUAAGAUUUGUUAUUCAUGUGAAAACUUUGCUAAUUAGCAAGUUUCAGGACUGCCCUGAGAUGUGUGAGCUGAAAUAUAACCUAUUGGACUUAAACAGAAGCAAAAACACUCACUAUAUAUGGGAGCUGUCAUUCCAACCUGUGUCUCUUAAUCAUUUAUUGAUCACCUACUAAGAGCCAUUCAUCCAGAAAUAAGGGAGCAAAUUCUAAAUUGCCAAGCUAAGGAGAGAGUCUUUGCUGAAGUAAUUGGAAAUAAAACACUUUAACUAGGGUGUUUUUAAAAACAAGGGCUGAGUGCAGAAAAAAAGUCUAAAUGAACAGUUACAGGCAUUAAUUAGCACUGGUGAUUGAGGGCCCAGUUGGACAGCAGACACAGGGGUACUCCAGGAAAAAGAAGCACUGGUCUCGCACAUACAGUAAGCACGUAACUACCAUCCUCAAGGGCUGCAGUGUAGCAUGUUUUAGUGGUCUCUUGAAAACAGCUUGACUUAAAAAUAUUGGGGAAAAAACAAAAGCUGGUGGCCUCUGAGGUGGCAUACGAAAGCAGAGCCACACCACUGCAUGUUAAUGCUUCAGUAUUCGAAAGCAGAGUCACACUGUUGUGUGCUAAUGCAUCCGUAUAUGAAAGCAGAGUCACACUGAUGCGUGUUAAUGCUUCAGUAUUCGAAAGCAGAGCCACGCUGUAGUGUGCUAAUGCAUGUGUAUACGAAAGCAGAGCCACAGUAUCAUGCACGCUCAGAAAUUCUGAUAGCAGCACCUUGUCUCGCCAGGCUUCCCUCUUGUGAGGAGGAGCUGCAGGAGCUCAUGCACCAGAUCGACAUCAUGGUGAGCCGUCGGAAGCAGGAGUGGGAGAGGCAUAGCCAGGCAUUGCAGGCCUGCCUGGAUGCCAGAGAGCAGGAGCUGCUCCACGCCCGUGCUGCUCUGGACCACAAGCACCAGGAGGUAGCCACACUGCAGUGUCACAUCAAAGAGAUGAAGAACUCUAAUAAAGAGCUGGUUCAGAAAUAUGAGGAGCGCCUCAACACUCUUCAGUCUGAACUGCACAAAUUGAAAGUCAGCUAUGAAAAACUUCAGCGCCACCACAUGAAACAGGCCCAAGAAGCCACUAAUGAGGAGGACAGCACCUUUGAAAGCAGCAGGUUAAGCAGGAAGCUGGAGGACCUCCAAGCCAAAUCAAAAGAGUGGGAGAAGCAGAGCACAUUGCAUCAGAAAGAGUUAGCCAUCUUAGAGUCUCAAAGGAGAUCCUUGGCAGAAAAAUGUGAAUAUUUUCAGCGAACGUGUCACAGCUAUGAGGGCCAGCUGUGCAGUGAAUGGAAGAAGCAGCGAACGUGCGAGAGGACACAACGGAGGAGAGAGUCUGAGGCCGCUCAUGUCAGGGACAGCGCUGAGCAGAGACAUGAGGAGGAGGUGAACUCUGCCGAGAGAGAGCAGCAGGGGGAGAUACAGCACCUACAGCAGUCUCUCAUACAACAUCAGAAAACAGGGGAGGAGCUGAAGGCAGAGCUGAAGGUCCGAGAUGACCUCCUGCAGACAGCAGAGCUCCAGGAGAAACAAUGGAGAGGAGAAGUGGCCAGACUGCAGGAGCAACUGUCAAUGCAGGAGAGCGCCAUCAGGAUGGAGGAGCAGAGCUGCAGGAAUCUGAUGGCAACUGAGAUGCUCAGCUUGAAAGUAGUCUUGGACAGUGUACAGCAGCAGCUUAAAGCCAGUCAACAGAAGGAAAAAAUACUAAGAACUGAGAUAACAAGGCUGCAAGCUGGGGCGGAGCCGUCAUGCUCUCAUUGCAUGCAGCUCAAAGGGAGUUCGUCCGUGGUGAGAGAAAAUGUGCAGUGGCAGCUGAAGGCUGCUGGUGAAAACAAGGAUAAUGAAAUCGUCAAGCUGAAAGGGAUACUGGAGAAGCUGGAGGUGUCGCAGAACACCCAGGCAGAGGCUUCGAGGGAUGAAAUUUCACGCCUCACUGCACAGCUGCGGGACACAGAGAGUGCCAGGGCAUCAGCCAUCCAGAGAGCCACACUCCUCCAGAACGAGCUGAGAAAAAUUAAAGGCAAAGCUGCUGAACACCAGGUGGCCAAGAUUCAACUUGAGGCGGUUAGUCUGGAAAAUAAAUACUUAAAGGAACUGAUCACAGAAAAGGAAUCAAGAUCUGCGUCAGUGAGCACAUUGGAAGAGAUUGUCGGUGAUGCUACAAGUACUGUGAUCAUUGGAGACUACAAGGGCAUCUUAAACCAUGAGGAAGAGGAGCUUCACCAGACAGAGAGAAAUUCCUAUUCCUGGGAAACUACCCAAAGGAACUUGCAGUCCCCUGAGCAGGAGGACAGACCCACCAGGGACAUGGCAGAGGAGAGGGCCAGCAAAUUAGUAAACAGGCUGCCCACAUCUGCAAGUCUACCCUGUCUCCAUGACAACAGCCUCAUUGAAGAGGAGCUUCCCCAUGCAGGCAUGUCGAAGAAUGUGUCAGACCUGCUAGACAGCAAAGAGGAUAUUGUGCUGCAGGAGUCAUUCGAAGCCGAGCUGUUCCUGGAGGAAGAGGAGAGAAGGUCAAAAGCAGUGGAGCUGCUGUUUGAUUCAUACAUCGAUCAGCUUCACCAUGACACAUGGAAGACGCUGCAAAAGUACAGCGUAGCUAAACGGAUCUGACAGUCUGGAUGUGGUAGAAUCUCCCCUCAUCUCUCUUCUCUAGUGGGAAUACAGGAUAUUCAACCUUUCAUGGUUUGGCCUUUGACUGCAAAACUGGGAAGAUUCAUUCAUGUAUUGAAAGCCUUCUUAGAUGACACCUGGCUCAAAUAAGUGCUUUAUUUGGACUACCAGUCUGAAUCAGGCUGUCUUAAAGGCACUUUGAUGAGAGGGUGUACAGUAAAAACUCACCCAGGACUACUAAUACAUGCUGGAUUAUUCCCUUAUCUACAACUUGAUUUAAAAAGCAGAAUAUGGUACAUAAACACUGGAACAGUUUUUCUUUGACACUUAAUCUUACACCUUCUGCAUGACAGACUUUUCUGCAUUAAUAUGGCUGGUACACCCUAAUCUGGUCAUACCCAAAUCACUUUCAAUUUAAACCCCUUCUAUUGAAUUGUUUAGCAAAUCUGAAAAAAAGUUCUGAACACAUGUACUCCUUUAUUCCCUUUCAUGUAACUAAACACUAAUUGUGAAACACCACAAAGUUGUUUUCAGAAACUCUUAGACAGAGAAGAACAGUAGCAUUAAGCUUUGCAGUUUUAUUUACUGAAAUUACAUGUUCUGAUGUGUAAGGCACAUUUUUUUCCAAUCUGCACAUAUGUCAUAUCGUAUGACACAAAGAUGCCAUUGUCAGUCAGUUGUAAUAACUUAAUGGUACAAAAUGUGUAUUAUCCUAUCAUACACAUAAUACAAAUUGACAGUGUAGUGUCUCCUCAAGGACAAUGUCAAUCAUAAAAAACAAACUUCAG